UAUGAAUUAAGAGUGGCGGUGGGUGGAUCGUGAUGGGCUGGGCUAUAUAUGUCAAUUAUGUUCUGUUCUGGUGGUACUGGUGGUGGUGGUGCAAAAGACGAAUACAGACACUUUAACGAAUGAAUGAAUGGCCAAGGAGGAGGAGGUGGUGGCGUGCUGCGCUGCCUGCGCCACUCACACAGAUGGCGUGUUGAAAGUAAGUUUGGUUGAAAAAACACAUUAUAAAUAAUAGUACUACAUAAUACAUGCUGCUACCGCUCAUUGUUUAGUUAGGUUAACAUUAUUAAAUUAUACUUCUUUCUGACAUAUAUUGUUGAUUAAAAUGAAAUGAAUUUACGCACUACUCCCUCCCUAUUUAAUGAUAUGAUAGCACUAUUUUUUAAAACUUAACGUUAUAGAAGUAGUAGUACAUAAUAAUAUUAAUAAUAGUAACAAUAAUCUUAUGGAUUAACCGCGGAGAGCGGUGGCGGUAGACUGACUGGCAGCAGCAGUAGAGGUGAGGUGGGGUGGGGUUCACUCACUCACCGCAGCAGCAGACAGCGGCACCAGCACCAGUUGCUUGCUUGCGUAUGGAGGGGAGGCUAGAGUAGGGUAGGGUAGGAUAGGAGAUAGGGGCGGGUAGCAUCAUCGCCAUCACCACCACCCACCUUCUCUCUCUCCACCACUCCUACUACAGCUGCUAUGCUGCCGCUGAAUCUUCAAUGCGUCCACUACGCCUUCACCUCCACUUCCACCCACCACACCUCGCCCCACCCCACCCCACCCCACCGCCCAUAUUUCCUGCUGCAAUCUUAUCGUAUGGAGUAUAUCAUGCCAACCACCACCACACCCACCCUACUACCUCCCCCUCGCUGCUCCCCAUCUAUCAUGCGCCGUAUGACCUCUGCGCCCCCGCCCCCACCCCCACGCCUCCCCUAUCUAUCAAUAAUGCUUCUUCCCCUUUCCCUCUCUCUCUCUCUCUCUCCAUUUUGCACCACCGCCGAUGAAUUGAUUACCUACCGCUACCACUAGCACAGUACCACCACCUGCUGCUGCUGCUGCACCCGGUGGAUUUUAAACUCACUCCGAUCUCGUCGUCUUUCCCUAGUCCUACCUCUGCUGCUUCUUAUUUUGAUUGUUUUUGCCCUCGGUUCUGGCGUCGAUCCAAACUUCUCUAGCUUCCGGCGCCGCCGUCCUUUCCUUCCUUCCUUAUGUCGUCCCUUCCUACGGCCGAUGCCGAUGACGCCGUUGCCGUUGCCGUCGCCGACACCGUGGGGAAAGCUCCGCGGCGGAGAUUUCCACCCCCGUGCUGGACGCAAGAGGAGACCUUAGCUCUCAUCGACGCAUACCGCCAGCGUUGGUACUCCCUCCGCCGUGGUUACCUCCGCACGCCAGAUUGGGACGCUGUAGCCGCCGCAGUUGCUAACUGCUGCCCCGCCGCCUCCCCUGCCAAAACCUCCGCUCAGUGCCGCCACAAGAUGGAGAAACUCCGCCAGAGAUACCGAGCUGAGAAGCAGCGCGCUCUCUCCUUCCCUGCCCCUGCCCCUGCCGUCGGUCGUUACUUCUCCUCCUGGUUUUUCUUCGAGAAUAUGGAAGCCAUGGAGAACGGAACCACGCACGUCCUAAACCACCCCGACGAUGAUGGAUCUCGUUUGCAAUCCUUCCUCGACCAGAAUAUACUCAAAUUGAAGGUCAAGCAAGGUUACGGCGCCGAUGCGAUUCCAGAUUCAGGAUUUAACGGCCACAGCUUUGUCAAAUCUAAUAAGAGAUUCAAUUCUGCGACUGCGACUGCGACCCAUCUUCCGGGUGAAUACUCGCUGUACGUAAACAAGGAAGAAGAAGAACCACCUCUGGUGAAUGGGAUUCCACAACCUCAAUUGAAGCCCAAGCCCAAGCCCAAAAUAAUUGGCAACAAAAUCGUGAGGAGCCUGGAUGAAGUCGGAGCCGGGAUUCAUCAGGCGCCUGAAAUGCUCCCUCCACGUCUAACGGUGAACAACUUUGAGAAAUUCAAUCCCAUCGACAGUAGGGUGAAUCCAAACCAUGAGUAUUGGGUCAGGUUCCCGACCGCCAACAGCGACAGAACAAAAUUGCGAUCCAACUUGUGGGCGGGGGCGGGGGGGAUGAGCAACCCUACUAGUGUUGCGGAUUCAGCAGGGUUGAAGAAGAGGGGUAGGGAUGAUGGCGUGGAAGAGAUGGUUGCGUCGAUCAAAAUGCUGGGAGAAGGGUUCGUGAAGGUGGAGAAAGCAAAGAUGGAAAUGGCGAGGGAAAUGGAGGUGGUGAGGAUGGAGAUGGAGAUGAAGCGAAACCAAAUGCUGUUGGAAUCCCAGAAACAAAUUGUGGACGCAUUUCUCAAGGGAUUGAUGGAGAUGAGGAAGAUGGACCACCACAAGGCCAAGAAAGUAGUCAACACUGCUGCUGCUGCCGCCGCCACAGAUGAUUCUUCUUCGCCUCCUCCUCCUCCUCCUCGCCCCGCCCACAGUUCUUCAAUUUAAUGAAGAGAUGAGACGUACAGAGAACUUGGUGGAAGAAGAAAAAAUUCGAGUUUGAAAGAGAUUGGAGAAGCUUUGGCGCAGACGAACAGAGAUAUUGGUGGAAGAAGAGGAAGAGACGGUGACGCGGAAUAAAGAAAAGAAAAAAGAGAAAGAAAAGAAGAAAGAAAAAGAAAAUUUUGGUCCGUCGUCCAGGAAAAAGCCAUUGUAUAUGUUUAAUUUAUACGACGUCCUCUGAAACAAAGGAAGUCACUCUUUAUUUGGGUUGCUGCAAUUGCUCUAAUACAGCAGGAUCACUGCACUGCUGAGUUGUCUGUACACUGCAAUCCUAACCAUCCUCUUAUUUACCUCUUUUUAGGAGGUGUAGACUCUUAAAAUUAAUUAAGGUGUAUUCGAUAA